AUGACUGCUGAACGACAUCAUAGCCAGGGGCUCCACUCCACCUUGGGAACCUGGAAAACGUCCACUUGGUGGAAGGAAGAUAUUGGACUCGCCGCAGACGUCCAGAAGGACAGUAAAGGACCGUGCACGCUCUCUACGCCCGUGACGACGAUUCUCUCCGCCGGUGACCUCACCAUUUCGAUGACGGAAAGUUCCUCUGAACCCCCCGACAUAGCCCGCUCCCGUGCAAUACCAAACGCGCAUGGAGUAUCACGCCGUUCGUCGUCCGGACUAUCUCAUUCGCCGCCCGUGAAUGAGCCCGCGAGCAGCUCCAAGAGUAGCGAUAUCAACCACGUCGCCACCACCAGCAACCAGCUUUCGACCCCCGACCAUCGCAAUCGCCAUGCUUCCAGUACCGGCAACCUCCGCGGCGAUGCUGUCCCAGGCACCAGCUCUGCCGACGAGAAGUUCGGCAAACUCGAGACAGGCUCCGUCAGUACCCUCUCCGGACAUGCUGCGGCUGUCGCAUCACCGAAGGAUGAGGUGCCGGGGGCUGUCGUAGGGGCCGCUGCACCGCGCGACGGAUCCCUCAGCAUCGAUAACAGCCAUCAAGGCAACAACAACACCGCCACGGCCGAUGACGACAAUGCCUCCAAGAAGAAGCGGGGCUUCGUCGAAGAAGUUCGUAGGACCUUUUGGAUGGUCGUGACGUACAGCUGGCUCAAUGUCUUGCUCGUCUUCGUCCCCAUCGGUAUCGUCGUGGCCAACGUCCCAGGCGUCCACGGCGGCAUCGUCUUCGCCAUGAACUGCAUUGCCGUGAUUCCCCUCGCUGGCCUUCUCAGUUUCGCGACCGAGUCGGUCGCAAGUAACAUGGGCGACUCCCUUGGAGCCCUGCUCAAUGUGACAUUUGGCAAUGCCGUGGAACUCAUCAUAUUCAUUGCAUUGGUCAAGGACCAAAUCCGCAUUGUCCAGGCAUCGCUCCUUGGCUCCAUCUUGGCAAACCUGCUGCUCAUUCUUGGCAUGGGCUUCUUCCUCGGUGGCUUGCGCUACCGGGAACAGAUUUACAACAGCACUGUCACACAGAUGAGCGCCUGUCUUCUAAGUCUGAGUGUCAUCAGUCUUGUACUGCCUACCGCCUUCCACGCAUCUUUUAACGACCCCGACUUGGCCGACAGGCAGUCGCUCAAGAUUAGCCGUGGUACCAGCGUGAUUCUUCUACUGGUUUACGGCGUAUAUCUCUUGUUCCAACUCAAAUCUCAUGCCUACAUGUAUGAGUCGACGCCUCAGCACAUUGUCGAUGCCGAGGCGAUCCCAGGCCCUGCCGCCUCAUGGCUGGACACCUCUAGCUCUGAAUCGAGCUCCGACUCGAGCUCCGAUUCAGAUUCUUCGAGCCGCUCCAGGGACACUAUGCGCAGAAAAGUGAAGAAGGUUUUCCGUGGUGGACGUCGGAGAAAGUCGUCAGUCACCUCCAUUGAUACGGUCGAAACGAACGGAAUGCGCAACGGAUCCUUUGGAAAGGAAAACGCCAGUCCCAACGAGGAACUGGCUUCGGAGUCAUCGUCUUCCCGUCCGGGGUUCUCUCAACGGAUUUCGUUUACCGACACCAACACGGAAGUUGCCGUUGACGACGAGAAGCCUCACAAACGCGGCAAGAGACAUCGCCUUCGCCGCCACGGACGCAAGCACAGGAAGAAGGACCAAGCAGGUGACCUCGAGCCAACCAUCAGCGAAGGCCCUGAAAACAAAGCUUUGGGCGCCGACGAUGGCGAGCCGAGGCGUGUGGACUUCGCCGUCCGGGGUGAAGCGUCCAACGCUGCCUCGACGGGCGCAGGCGAUGAUGCAUCUGCACCUGCCAAACGACCGUUCCCCACACUUCGUGGGAUGUCCGUCAAGAAUCUAGCGCCGACGGUCUUUGCGCAAAGGUCAGAGCCGAUGGGUGGACUUCCUCCUCCGACUCCCUCUGGCCCGGUCCCCCGUGUUCGCUAUGGCAUCAGAAGGACAAACUCUCUUCCCGACAGGCUGAACGAGCAAUACCAGAUCCGAGCUCCUGGUGCAAUGUUGCCUCCACGUGUCCCUCUUGCGGCACUCGCGGGCCUCACUGGCUAUGUUGGCGGCGCGGCCGACCGAGCAGCCAAGGACGAUGACGAUGAGCAUCUUUCCCGACCGGCGUCCGUCAUCCUGCUACUCUUGACGACGGGGCUGGUGGCAGUUUGCGCCGAGUUUCUGGUUGGAUCGAUCGAAGCCGUGACCAAAUCGUCGACGAUUGGCGAGAUCUUUAUUGGUCUCAUCAUCUUGCCCAUCGUGGGCAAUGCGGCAGAGCACGUCACGGCGAUCACGGUUGCCAUGAAGAACAAGAUGGACCUGGCCAUCGGCGUCGCGGUUGGUAGCUCGAUCCAGAUUGCCAUCUUCGUGACGCCCCUCAUUAUCAUUCUCGGAUGGAUCACGCACCACGACAUUUCGCUGUACUUCACGUUGUUUGAGACGGUCAGCCUGUUCGUGUCGGCAUUCAUGGUCAACUUUCUGGUGUUGGACGGUCGCAGCAACUACCUCGAAGGUGCGCUGUUGUGUGCCGUGUACAUCAUCAUUGCCAUCGUUGCCUUCUUCUAUCCAGACAGCAACCAGGCAAGUCAGUGGGGAGAUUAG